AUGUCCAAAGCUAUUGCACAGCAGGCCCAUUUGGCCUCCACCGUGCUCAAAACGCUCUCGGACGAGCAGCGCUCGCUCGCGCUGUACCAGAUCAAGCAGGGGCUCGAGGCCGCCAAGGAGGAUAUCCUGGCCGCCAACAGAAAGGACAUGGAGCUCGCCGAGACAAACAAGCUGUCGGCGUCGUUGAUUAAGCGGCUCGACCUGUCCAAGAACGGCAAGUUCGACUCAAUGUGCGAUGGCGUGCUGGACGUUUCCAAUCUGGAAGACCCGCUCAACAGGGUCACUCUCGCGACAGAGCUCGACGACGGGCUCACGUUGACCCGGCUGACCUGUCCCGUGGGCGUUCUGCUGAUCAUUUUCGAGAGCCGGCCGGAGGUGAUUGCGAAUAUCACCGCGCUGGCCAUCAAGUCGGGCAAUGCGGCGAUCUUGAAGGGCGGCAAGGAGUCUCUGCACACGUUCCAGGCGAUGGCCAAGGUGAUCAAUAAGGUUCUGGAGGACACUGCUGUUCCACAGAAUGCGAUCCAGCUGAUCAGCACGCGCGAGGAGGUUGGCGACCUGCUCAAACAAGACAAAUAUAUCGACUUGGUGAUUCCACGCGGCUCGAACGAGCUGGUGAGAAACAUCAAAGAAAACACCAAGAUUCCUGUGCUGGGCCACGCGGACGGGAUCUGCUCGAUCUACGUGGACAAGGCUGCAGAUCUUGCGAAGGCGUGCCGGAUCAUUGUGGACGCGAAAACGAACUAUCCUGCGGGCUGCAAUGCCGUGGAGACGGUGCUCUUCCAUUCGCAGCUCGUGCAAGAUGGUAGCCACGAAAAAGUGUUGCAGGCGCUGCGCGAGGCUGGCGUGACGUGCCAUUUAUCGUCGGAGCUGUUCAAGGAUCAGCCGCAGAGCGUGCUGGCGCAGGAGUCUGAUUUUUCGCGCGAGUUCCUGUCGCUGGACGUGGCCGUCAAGAGCGUUGCAACCGUCGAGGAGGCCAUUUUGCACAUCAACGAGCACUCUUCGAAACACACGGACUGUAUUGUGACGGAGGACAAGGCGACGGCCGAGAAGUUUCUUGCUGGGAUUGACUCGGCAGGCGUGUACUGGAACUGCUCGACCCGGUUUGCUGACGGGUUCCGGUACGGGUUCGGCACAGAGGUUGGCAUUUCGACCAACAAGAUCCACGCGCGCGGCCCUGUCGGGCUCGAGGGGCUUGUGUGCUACUACUACCAGCUGCGCGGCAACGGCCAGGUGGCCGGCGACUACAAGGGCGCGGGCGGCACGCGUGUGUUCAAGCACAAGAAAUUAAAUAUAUAA